AUGACUUCGGUAAAAGAAUGGGUUAAAGAAAAGAUUAAAAAUGGAUAUAUCCGUUAUUUUGAACUAGAUAAAUUUAGUCAAAUCACUAUAAUUGGUAGAGGAAGUUUUGGUAUAGUGAAUAAAGCAGAUUUGGCUAAUACGGGAUUAGUCGCAUUAAAAAUUAUUUGUAAUGAAAAUUCAGAGGAGGAACAUGAUGAGUUUAAUGAUGAGUUUGUAAAGGAGUUGAAACUCCUUUACGAAGUUGGUAAUCAUCCAAACAUCAAUCGUUGUCUGGGAAUAACAAAAGAUCCCAAGUAUAAUAUUUUGGUGUUGGAAUAUGCUAACGAAGGAAAUUUAAAAGGUUAUUUGAACAAAAAUUUUGCUUCCUUGAAAUGGAAUGAUAAAAUUCGAAUGGCAUUGGAUAUUACCGAUGGUCUGAAAUUUUUACAUUUCAAAGAAAUAAUCCAUAGAGACUUGCACUCAAAAAAUAUAUUGGUAAAUAAUGGAAACUUAAUAAUUGCUGACUUUGGAUUAUCUAAAAAGUUGGCGGAAGUUACAACUGAUUCAGUGGGUAAUAGAUAUGGGGUGGUUGAAUAUAUUGAACCACAAUGUUUUAAAAUUAUCAACUAUAAAAAAGAUAAGAAGUCCGAUAUCUAUAGUUUAGGUAUUUUAUUAUGGGAAAUAUCAAGUGGCCAUCGUCCUUUUUCUGGCUAUCCACAAAAGUUACUUACCGAUCAUAUUAAAGAUGGUAAUAGAGAAAAUCCAAUUGAAGGUACACCUCUAAAGUAUCAAAGACUUUAUCAAAUAUGUUGGGAUGACGAUCCAAAAUUAAGACCCGAUAUUGAAGAAGUACAUGAAAUUUUAAUUCAUUUAAAAAUUGAGGAUGCACAAUCUCCGCAACAUAAUGUACACAAUCAUAUUGAUGUCAAAAAUGGUAAUAGAGAAAAUCCAAUUGAAGGUACACCUCUAAAGUAUCAAAGACUUUAUCAAAUAUGUUGGGAUGACGAUCCAAAAUUAAGACCCGAUAUUGAAGAAGUACAUGAAAUUUUAAUUCAUUUAAAAAUUGAGGAUGCACAAUCUCCGCAACAUAAUGUACACAAUCAUAUUGAUGUCAAAAGUAAUUCAAAAAAUAAUGAAGAAGUACAUGAAAUUUUAAUUCAUUUAAAAAUUGAGGAUGCACAAUCUCCGCAACAUAAUGUGCACAAUCAUAUUGAUGUCAAAAGUAAUUCAAAAAAUAAUGAUAAUGAUGAUUUAUCUAUUCCUUCUAAUUAUCCAAAUCCAAUCAAUGCUGUCAAUGCCCCAGUUCCAAAAUUUAUUUCUUUAAUUAAUGAAAUUGGAAAUAUUUUUAAUGAAAUCAUCGAAUUAGUAGCAGGAGCUUCUAGACAUAGAAAACAAAUUUGUGACAUAUUAAAAAAACAAGUCCAUGCUGCAGAAUCAGCCAUACGAAGUCUUAAAGAAUAUAGUGAAGAUAGAGAAGAUUUUUUUAAUAUUAAAAAUUAUUUACAUUUACAAGAUUUAUUUGAUAUUAUAACACGAAUUAAAAAAUUUAUAUUAGAAAUUUCCCAAAUGAAACCUUUGAUAAAAUAUAUUAAAACGAUAAGUAUUGCGAAAACUUUUAUAGAAUUAUGUGAAAAAUUUGGUAGUUGCAUUAACGAACUGUUUCCUCUAACUAUACAAAUCUAA